CUGCAUCCCUAUAGAUGGGCUCCCACACCACGGCCACGGUUAAUUAGGGGGUAGGGAGUGGAGCAGGGCGGCAGCGCUCACGCACAGCUUGGAGCCACUCAGUCAUCCCAAAGGCAUCCUCCCUACAGGGAGGAGCGCCCCGGCCCAGCAUGUAAAAGCGGCCCCGAGCGGCCCCGCUGCCCCGUCUCCGCGGAGCUGCCGCCUGCUCCCGCUCCUCCUCAGCACCCGCACGGCUGCAGCGUCAUGGCAGGGCCCGGCGCCAGCCUGCUCCUGCUCCUGGCUCUCAUGCCAGCUCUCCUCCUGGCCGUCAGGAUCAACAGCAAGGGCAGGGAGGUGCUGUACCUGGCCAAGGGUGACUCGGUGAAGCUGGGCUGUCCCUAUGUGCUCGAACCCGAAGACAACGGUCCCCAGGGCGUGGGCAUCGAGUGGAUCCAGAUCACGCCCGAGCGCACCAACCCCGAGAACGUGUUCCUGUCCUACCAAGACCACCACGUGAACUACGGCAGCGGCUCGGGGCUGCAGGACCGCGUCGCCUUCGUGCAGACCGACCCCAGCCAGCACGAUGCCUCCAUCCGCCUGGCCGACCUGCAGGUCUCCGACACCGGCACCUACCAGUGCCGCGUGAAGAAGAACACCGUGGCCGUGCAUGAGGUCAUCGUCACCGUGCAGGGUCAGUGUGUGUGUGUGUCCGUCCCCCCUUUCCAUGUCCCCUUCCCCAUGGGUCCCCGUUGGCCCCAUAGUGACCGGGUCCCUGUCCCCGCAGAGAAACCGGUUACCCCGCAGUGCUGGACCGAGGGGGAGCAGAUCGAGGGCGGCAGCGUCCUGCUGCGGUGCUACAGCCGCGGGGGCAGCUCCCCGCUCGCCUAUCAAUGGGCUAAGCUGGCGGACGGAUACGGCGGGGGCCGCCUGCCCUCCGGUACUAUCCAAGGACGAGCUCCGGGGGACCUGUUCAUCCGCAGCCUCUCCGAGGCUCACGCCGGCGUCUACCAGUGCCGCGUCACCAACCGCGUGGGGUACUCGGUGUGCCAGCUCAACCUGAGCCCGGCUGCAAGAGGGCGGCAAGCGGGCAUCAUCGUGGGCUCCAUCCUGGGCUCGCUGCUGCUCCUGAGCCUCCCCGCGCUGCUCAUCUGGGCGCUGAUCUGCCGCUACCGUCGGAAGGAAUGCCAGCGAGCCUGCAGCGACUGCCGGAGCAGCACCGGCGGCACCAUGACCCGACCCUGCAACGUCUGCGCCCACCACAGCUACUCGCCCCACGGCAUCAGCUACAUGCAGUGCCAGCACGGCGACGGCGACGAGCGGGCGGCCGCUCUCAUCUGCAAUGAGGGCAUCCGGCACCAAGUCACCUGCCCGGCGCUGUAA